AUGUCUGGACAACUUUAUAACAUUGUUCAAAUUCUUUUCUUACUUUCCACUAUUUUUGGUGCCACAAUGGCCGGAGAGCACAUUCUAAGACUGCAAGAAAGUGUUCACGCUGGCACAACCCUAAUAGGCGUGGAGCAGGGAUCCAGUGUGUUGAUUCGUUGUGAACAUCCAAGCGGAAAAUCCGGAUCGUUACGAUGGCUGCGUGGCGGGACGGUGAUUAAACCAGAAUAUGUCAAAACGAAAAUAGAUGCGUCCUACGUGGAGAUCACCAAUUAUCAGCCAGAGAAAGAUGAUGGAGUUUACGAGUGCUCCGCGCAAGGCAUGUCCGCCUCAUACCGUCUGAAAGGGGAGAAGCAGUACAUUCUCCCAACGGGCUUCCGUUAUUGCUAUGGUGAAGAAAUGGCCAGCUGCAAACACGCCGAUCAGUGUCACGUUGAGACCUCAACCGGACAUUUCAGCUGUGUCUGUGAACUCGGAUGGAUGGGAGCUGCGUGCGAUAUGAUAUCUGAUCCGGUCAGAGUUCAUCCUGUUAUUACUCCGCCAGUCUGCGCUUACUGGCCACCCGUGGUGACACUUCUCGUAUUCAUCGCCAUUAUCAUUUUCCUGGCCUACUGCUUGUACAAGUUCAAGGUGCGCAAUCCACACCACUACUCCAAGUACGCGACGGCCACUAUUAACAACAAUAACGACAGUAAGCCACCAAUGGUCUCUGGAGAGUACACAGCAGUUCACCAGCAGCCUCCUGGGCAGAGGAACGGUGACGCAGUAGCCAACAUGGUCUGA